UGUGGCUACGUUUCUAAAGAAGUCGCUAUCCGAUCCAUUGAAUAGAAACCUUUCCUGCCCGUCAUUGGACACAAGGGUGAGACGCGUGGUGCGGUUCCUUGGUGUGUCAUACCAUAAGAUUAGCGACUUUUCUGAUGACCGUUCCGAACGAGAUCGUUUCGGUCCUAUUAAUUGCGCGCUGAAAGCAUCGUCUUCCCGCUCCAUUUCCGUUUCAAAUACUGUUGCGGCUUACGAAACAGGGUCUCUCGCCUCGCCGCCCCUGAUCGAAGUUUUGAGAAGAUGAGCUAUUACAACCAGCAGCAGCUUUCCAUCGGGGUCCUUCCUUCCCAAGGAUAUCCGCCAGAGAAGUACCCGAAAGACGCCUAUCUGCCGCAGGGGUACCCGCUGGCUGGCUACCCGGAUACCCUUCACCGUACGCUCAGACGCCCCCCAGCAGUCAAUCAGCCGGCCUUCCGUCAUGGAAGGAUGGAAAAUUUUGUGUUUCUGGAUAGAAAGCAUGCAUCAAGCGGUAAGAUAGCAACGUUUUCUAGUGAUUCCAACCUUGGCUUGGAGUGUCAUUCAAGGCAGGCCCACAGCUCAAGUCAUUUUAAGAACAGUCUCUUUGUAAUAAAUUAGUUGACUGUGAGCAAACCAAUAGAACAUCCCACGUGCUUGUUUUUAGCUAGCAAUUUGCUUGCAUUUUCUUGUCCAUAAAACUUCCUCCCAGACUAUGGUUCUUGUUAUAAAGGCUUAAUGAGUAUUGUUAUUUAUAAAUCAAUAGUAGGACUAUGAAUAUCCUUCUAUACUCUUCCAACUUAGUUCAUGGUAUUAAGCUAGAGAGGAAAUAUAAUUAGCUUCCAAGAUGCUAAUUUUGUGAAUUUGACAUUGCAGUUUUAUAGCAUUGUUAUUAAAAGGGAUAAUCCAGGUCUAUAUCAAUUAGAAAAAUAGAAAUGACUUGCUCAUUAGUAACACUUGUAUCAUAGUGAGAAAAAGUCAAAUGUCAUGGCAGAAAACCUAUUCCAUCAAUCUAUCAUCUAACUAUGGGCACCUUUAUUAUGUAAAUAUGGUGGUGUUAUUUAUCUUGUUUGUUCAAUCCAAAUAUCCUUUUCCUGAUGAUUUUAUAUAUAUGUAUACCCCUUAAAAUACAUUCAUCACAGGAAUGGGCCAUGUAUGAGUUUAUCACAUUCAAGUAUUAUCAUGUAUCAAUUUUAGGAGUCAUCUAAACCCAAAUCAAGAUAUGAUUACAUUAUCCUUUGGUCCAAUUCGAUUGAAGAUAUCUGGAUAGUUUUCACUCUUUAUCAUGUAACAGGGAGACCUUGUAGUCAGACUUGAGAACAAUCUGGAAAAGUCAUAGAUAAGAUAUCCCUUUUAGUUUUCAAUAAAAAAAUGGAUGAAAAUAUAUAGGCCAUUGUAAUGAAACGUGAGAAUGGAGGAAAAUAUUCUCUUGGAGUGAUCCUUUACAACCUUAUAAUGGAUGGUACCUUAUAUAGAACUCAGCACUAAAGAGGCCUCUACUAGUUUUGUAGAAAAUAAACAUGUCAAGACAAGCAGACAGGUAUUGAUAAAAGAAAAUAAAAAACAUCUCAUCUUCAUCAUUUAUUUUAAAAAUAAAAAAAAAGUGAAAAUAGGAUGAACAUUUGAUUACGAGGAAAAUUUUGUCAAUCUUGUAUCUAGUUAUUAUCUCAAUUGCUUAUCAUAUUAAAAGAAAAUUGAUUGUCACAAAAUUGAUUCGAUUAAAUUCGGAUAGAUUAUUGAAUUUAUAAAAUAGAAAUAGGAUGAACAUCAUCGAAGCAACGAUUUCUAACGUAUUCCUACAUUCUGCACGGUAUUUGUACUGUCGCUUUCCAGUAAAAGCCGUUUGGAUUUGUUAGUUUGGCGUUGUAGUCCGUCACAUGCGAUUAGUUUGUUAGAAGGAUUGAUUUAAACCCAGUUUUCCGUGGCGGCUUCUCCAAGAAACCCAUCUAACCCUCGACAAAGUCAACCGCAAGAAAACGUAGUUUGCAGAAACUUCUUAGAAUUGCUUUAGUAAUUCCGUGUCCAAGUUUGACUUAUCAAUUCCUUCUCUGCACACCAAGAAAAGGAUACAGAUAUAAUUAAAUGUGUCAAAUGUAUAUAAACACGCCACGAGAUGCCAUCAGGUUUCAGAACUCCUUCAUGUUCGCUUGCCCAAGCUAUGUUGUGUGGAUUGAGAAGCCUCAAAAGAGUCGACAAGUCAUGGUCACCGAAGGCAUCGAAGAAGAAGAAGGCCGACAAGAACCCGUACUCGACGCGAGGCCUCGACAAGUUCGCCGCCGUGCUUGCUGACCUCGAGAACCGAAGGGCCAAGAUCAUGGCGAACGCUGGACCGCAGGAUGCGUCGACGUCGGUCUGGUUCAUGUAUUCGGAGUCCAGUGAGUGUGUGCCGAUCUUGUUAAGACACAACGAUCAUAUGAGCCGGCAGCCGAUGCCGCCGGCGGUGGCUCACGCCGCCGAUGAAGACCUCAAGGAAGUCAUACCGCUCGUGGGUUCUAAGGAUGAGAAGGAAGUCAUCAAGGAGAUGGUUGCAGUAUCGGAGAGGGAGGUGAAGAAACGAUGGUCAUGGAGGGACUGGAGGCCAAGCUACUAUUGGCCUCUGGUGAUGGUGACGGUGCUGAUACUGUUCUGCUUGUUGAUGUUUGGAAGAGUGUUUGCCAUAUGCUGCACCUCGAUAUGGUGGUACAUGGUGCCCACAAUGCAAGGAGAAGGUAAGGCUCAGAGGAGAAGGGUGAAGAGGAAGAAGGAUGACAGGCGGAUGAGUGAGAAGAGUUUGGUGGUGGCACCUUCCUCCUACCAGGACAAGAAGGUGGAGAGGACAUGCAAGUGAUCUGGAAGACCUUCAUUGAUUCUUGUUCGUAAAUAUUUUUUCCCCGUUUUUCGAUCAUUAUGUGAUUACUGAUGUAAAUUAUCUUUCUGGAUGAUGGGUUUGAUCGGGAAGAAAUAUCCAAGCUCAUCAUCUUCGGAGUUGGUUUUUGGGAUUGAGAUCUCAAUAAUGAUGUUCUUGGUUUGUGAUCUUGAGCCGUAAGCAAGGUUAGAAACUGGUUGUUUGUUACAGCCACAGAGGGGAAAAGGCUUCGCGGUUUCCAGGGGUUAGACUUUCUCUGGUCAACGAACAGGCGCUAUAUUGUAUAUAUGAGGAGAUAACAAGGUAUCACCUAACGAUGAUCUCACGUUGACUGAAAUGAGGAUCGCCAAGAAAGUUAAGAUUGCUCACCCUGUGCAACAAGGUUAAUUAUAUUAAAUAUACGGAAGUUAAGAUUGUCAGGUUCUCACGGAAAUCAUCUCUUUAAACCUCAUAUUAAUGGAA